UUAUGUUAAUUGUUUUUAUGUGGAAUUUUUCGCUUCGCAAUAUUUGUGGAUAGGACGUGCCGAACUUUGUUGAAUUCGUAUCGUUUGUAUUCAAUUUUUAUUUAAAUCGACAUAACGCGAAAAAUAGUCUCUGAUUAAAUUCAACUUUCGAGUUGGCCAGUAUAAUUAUGUGUGUUGGUCACAAUUUACGUUUGUGAUAGAACACCUACCUGCCAAUUUGUUCGUAUUUUUAAUAACAAUUUUUGUUUUUAUAUUGAAACACGAAUUUAUUGUGCAAUUGUUCGAACACAACCUGUUUUGUCUGAUGAUCUCGAAAACAAUCGUAUUUACAGAUCGAUCAUUUGUUUUUUAUUCAAUGGUUUGUCAAAGAUAGAGGAGAUCAAAUGGUCGUUGGUGAAAUAUUAGAUGAAUAUUGGAGAAAUGGAUCACGGUUAUCAGAAUACAGGAAGAGCUCAUUUUGGAACAAGCUCACAAAAAAUAGCAAUGAAUCCAUUUUGCGAUCGGACAUCGCCGAUAUCACCAGUUACCAAUAUUGGAACCUUUUCACCCUUAGUGCACCAUGCAAAAGAUGACACUAAUAUGAAUUCGUUACAGCGCAAAGCUCAAGUCAAAUUGAAUACUAUGCCAUGGUUUCACGGUAAAAUAUCCAGAGAAAUGGCAGAAGAUUUGUUGACUCCUAAAGAGAACGGAUUGUUUUUAGUCCGGGAGUCUACUAAUUAUCCAGGAGAUUACACUCUUUGCGUGUGUUUCCAGGGUAAAGUAGAACACUAUCGGGUAAAAUACAAAGACAAUCAAUUAACAAUUGACGAUGAAGAAUUUUUCGAAAACUUAUCAAAACUUGUAGAACAUUAUCAAAACGACGCCGAUGGUUUGUGUACGCAAUUAACCAAGAGUCUUCCUAAAAAAGGCAAACAAGAUUUUUGCAUCGACACUAAAUCUUUUAUCGAUGCUGGAUGGGUUAUACAAGAGCAUGAAUUACAAUUGAAUGAAACGAUUGGUAAGGGAGAAUUCGGCGAUGUCUUAUUAGGAGUGUAUCAGGGCGAAAAGGUAGCCGUUAAAAUGUUAAAAGAUUCUAGCGUGGAAGCCCAAAAGUUCUUAACAGAAGCUUUGCUCAUGACGUCGUUGAGACAUGAAAAUUUAGUCGAAUUACUCGGGCUUGUUUUAAAUGAGAAACACUUGUUGUUGGUAACGGAAUACAUGGGAAAAGGAAGCCUCGUUGAAUAUUUGCGAUCGAGAGGCCGUCUUCAUGUGACCAAAAAAGAUCAAAUCAAUUUUGCUGUCGAUACUUGCAGUGGUAUGGAAUAUUUAGAAUUCAGAAAGGUCGUGCACAGAGAUUUAGCUGCUCGAAACGUACUUAUAUCAGAAACGGGAGUGGCUAAAGUAGCAGAUUUCGGUUUGGCACGAGAAGAAAACUACACUGUUGAUGCUGGAAAAUUGCCCAUAAAAUGGACAGCGCCUGAAGCACUCAGACAAGGGAUGUUUUCUAACAAGUCUGACAUGUGGAGUUUUGGUGUGCUGUUAUGGGAAAUUUAUUCAUUCGGUCGAGUCCCCUAUUCGAGAAUACCAUUAGUAGACGUAGUAAAGCACGUUGAGAAAGGUUAUCGGAUGGAAGCCCCCGAAUGUUGUCCACCGGAAAUAUAUGAAAUUAUGAGACAGGCUUGGGAUUUAUUACCAGAAAGAAGACCAAAUUUUAAGGAUGUUAAAAUCAAAUUGGCACAGUUAAAAGCUUUAACUAUUAAUUAGAUUUUUAUACUAAACACGCAAGUGUGUGUGUAUAUAUAUUGUAACAAAUCUAUAUUUAUGGUCCAUUGUUGUUGAUAUUUGUACACUUCAUUAGGUAUAAUUGAUAACUUUAUAUUGAUACAUUCAUUUAUGAGCUAGUCUUUAUUUUAUUUUAUCAGUCUUCAGUAUUUUUGUUUGUUUCUUUUAUUAUUCGCUUUUUUUGUAAAAAUAUUUCUUUAAUUUUGGUUACAUUUUUUUCUUUUAUGUUUAGCUUAGUUGAUUCUUGUUAAUAAAUAAUACUAUUAAUAAAUAAAUAAUGAUAAUAUUAAUAAUAUUAUUAUUAUAACUACUUUAAAACUUUUAAGAAAAUUAAAAUUAAUAUUUUUUUGUGCACCUUAUUAUUGAAGUAUAUGAAAAACUGUAUAACGAUUUUAUGUGAUGCGCUUUUGUAAAAAAAUAUUUUAUUUUAUUUUAACAUAAGUUUUAUUUUUUUGUGUCCGCUGUUAAAAUAACAAAAACUUUCUACAAACAAAACAAAUCGUUCUUUGUGUACUUUUUUACAGUAUUACAUUAAUUUAAGAAUAUUCUUUUUAAAUGUGUACAAAUUACAUA